GGAGAAACGUCAACCACACGUCAACAAAGCACUCGAUGCGUCGCGUGUCGGGCAUGUAAACAACGGUUAAUUUUUCCUAGAUUUUCUUUCGUUUUUUCGCCAUCGAAAGCUUCCACGCAAUGAUCAAACAACCGGUGCUGGCCGAACUGCAAUACUUUGUCAGCAGCGUAUCGCUGCUGUACAAGGGAAUACCGCUGAAAGAUCCAACCGCCCUCGUAAAGUGCAGCCUACACCUGUUGGAAGAUCUGCCAUCGACGCGGGAUGCUGUAUUCGAUUACUUUUCGCUGGUGUUCAACGGUGCCGUGAAGGCUUACCUGAUCAAUGUGGAAAAAAAUAGUUCGGAUGGUACGCAGGAUGACGAUGCAAUCCAGGAGAUACACGAAGCGUUGGAACGGCUAGUGCGGAAUGGUCCACCGGCCUGGUCGCCGUUGAUAUCGUCAUGGUGUCUGCGACUGUUGGGGGAAAUUUGCGACAAAAAUAGUCGUCGUCGUCCGCUAGAUAUUCGAAUGUCUUGUAAUCUGUGGCUCGGAUGCAACGCCAUCCGCUGUCUGAUGGGACUGACGGCACUGUGUUUCAGCAAACUGGACGAGCUGGAAGUGGAUGCCUGCAUCACCGGACUGUUGAACACGUUUGCUCAGCAUUCGCCGUACUUCGAUUGGGUGGUGGCACGGCUUGGCGGUUGCUUUCCCUCGAAGGUUAUUUCGAAAAUGUUGUUCUGCGGUCUGAAACGGUUCACUGGCGAGUACGAUCAGGUCGAUUCCGAGGUGGAAGUUUUGAGCUAUCUGGCAUCGACCAACGAAGACGAUUUGAAGCAAGCGUUGAAGGAAAUUGUCGAACGGGAAACCAACAACAAGCUGACGGUUCCGUACUUGCUGCAUCUGUCAAAGAAUUCGGAGAUUUUGGCACAAUCGCUGGCGGUGGUGUUUUUGGAUAAUUAUAACGACACUUAUCUACACUUGAUAAAAGUUCAAUCGAAAUUCUGGCCCUCGAAUUACAGUGCCAGCAACGUGAUUCACAUCGUUACGAAUCUGCUGCUGAAGGUGAAGAAAAAAUCCAUUGAGGUUUUGCUAACGCUGCCAGGAAUAUCGGAAAAAUAUUCCUGGUGCCAGGAACUGUUGGAAAUGCUAUUCGUCGAACUGGAAACGAUCGUUCUGGAGAAACGCUCCUGUCCGCUGCUGGACGAUGCAGUGAAAGAUUCAUCCAAAGAUCUGCUGUGGCGUUCGUGUCUCAGCGAUUGUUCGCUGGCCCAGCAAAGUGCCGUUCGUUUAAUUCUGCUGGCCAGUCUCAAGUCGUCCUACUUCCUGCAGCAAUCCAUUGCCCAGAUGUUGAUGGAUUCGUCGGGUGUUCCGACCAACCCGAGCAAACCGCACCUGAAUGCCCUGGCUCGGAUGCUUGGUGGACCGCACGGGUCUGCUGAGUUGCCACGAAUUAAACCGGCUUUCGAAAUCGCACUUGGCCGGAUGCUGCUCAAUCCAACCGCCGGCAGGGGCAGCCGGGAAAAUUUCAACGUGCUGCAAAAUCUGGUGGAAAUUGUCAAACUCGAACGAGACUCGUUCAAUGUGCACCUGAAGAAGACGAACUGCGUUCGAGUGUUGCAGGAACUGCUCGGCAAACUGCUUACCAUCUGGGAUGCGCUGAUGUGCCAGGAAAAGUAUGUGCUGAUGCCGCAGCUACAGGAAGAGGUUCGGCCUGCACCGGUCGAGGUUAAG